GUUAGUGUUCGCUCUGUUAGUGUUAGCUCUGUUAGUGUUAGCUCUGUUAGUGUUAGCUCUGUUAGUGUUCGCCCUGUUAGUGUUCGCCCUGUUAGUGUUAGCCCUGUUAGUGUUAGCCCUGUUAGUGUUAGCCCUGUUAGUGUUAGCCCUGUUAGUGUUAGCUCUGUUAGUGUUCGCCCUGUUAGUGUUCGCCCUGUUAGUGUUCGCCCUGUUAGUGUUCGCCCUGUUAGUGUUAGCCCUGUUAGUGUUAGCCCUGUUAGUGUUCGCCCUGUUAGUGUUCGCCCUGUUAGUGUUCGCCCUGUUAGUGUUCGCCCUGUUAGUGUUCGCCCUGUUAGUGUUCGCCCUGUUAGUGUUCGCCCUGUUAGUGUUCGCCCUGUUAGUGUUCGCCCUGUUAGUGUUCGCCCUGUUAGUGUUAGCCCUGUUAGUGUUAGCCCUGUUAGUGUUCGCCCUGUUAGUGUUCGCCCUGUUAGUGUUCGCCCUGUUAGUGUUCGCCCUGUUAGUGUUCGCCCUGUUAGUGUUAGCUCUGUUAGAAAUAUACAAAUAUAUAUAUAAAAAUAUACACAGAACUAUGUGAGACUACACAAAACUAAAGAAGACCUACACAUUACUAGAUAAAGUGCAUGUGUGCAAACUGUGCAAGAAGGUACAAAAAUGAGAGUCAGAUGGUGUCCAGUUCUCCUCAGUGUUGAGUAUCUGAUGGCUUGGGGGAAGAAGCUGUUACACAGUCUGGCCGUGAGGGCCCGAAUGCUUCGGUACCUCUUGCCAGACGGGAGGAGGGUAAAGAGUUUGUGUGAGGGGUGUGUGGGGUCGUCCACAAUGCUGGUUGCUUUGCGGAUACAGUGUUUUUUGUAAAUGUCUUUGAUGGAGGGAAGAGAGACCCCAAUGAUCUUCUCAGCUGUCCUCACUAUCCUCUGCAGGGCUUUGCGGUCCGAAACGGUGCAAGUCCCAAACCAGGCAGUGAUGCAGCUGCUCAGGAUGCUCUCAAUAGUCCCUCUAUAGAAUGUAGUGAGGAUGGGGGAGAUGUGCUUUCCUCAGCCUUCGAAGAAAGUAGAGACGCUGCUGGGCUUUCUUGGUGAUAGAGCUGGUGUUGAGGGACCAGGUGAGGUUCUCCACAGAGGAGCCGUCAAUGUUCAGUGGAGAGUGUUCAUGUGAACUUCAUUGAUGAUCGUGACGCAGGAGUCUCUCAUCGAGCUAAUGCACUGAUGUGAUCCGAUCACACAUCUCAACGCGUGUUCAGACAUGAUGCAGAAACAUCCGAUCCGCAGGUGAGACAUCUGAUGCUGCGCGCGACAGUCCGGUACCGCGAGGAAGAGGAUGCUGGAGCAGUGAAGAAGAUGGUGGAAUGAUCUACUGUGAUGAAGAGGAUGUUUGUGCUCGGUGUUGUGAUGAAGAUAAUGGUGCAAUGAUCUCUGGGCUGUGAGGAAGAUGAUGUUUAUGGUGUCUGGAGCGGUUCUGGUGCUGGCCAUCGUGUGCAUGUCCGACAUGAACGCACUUCUGGACCGAUUUCACAACUUCAUCUUACCGCGCAUGCGCGGACCCGAGCGCGUGUGUCAGUGCACCUGCGGCAGACAUCAUGUGGAAUAUGUGAUCCCAUACGAGGCUUCUGUCUCAAGCGACUCCAUCGGUUCCUCUGCUGGUUCCAGUGUGAGUAAACAGGAACUGGAUCUGGUUCUGGGUCUGCUGAUGGGCUUCUGUAUCAGCUGGUUUCUGCUGUGGCUGGAUGGGGCACUUCACUGCGCUCGGAGGUUCUGGAGAUCCAGCAGACUUAACGGUGCAGAUGGCGAGUUGUGGCGCUCGUGGCGUUGGGUCUCUCGUGUGUGUAAUAUCAGAGAGCUGUUUAAACGUCUGCAAACACGCCGGACGGAAGAUUCUGGGAAUAAUGUGAUCCACGUCAAGCAGAAGCUUUACCACAACGGCCACCCGAGUCCCCGGCGACUCUGACACGGACUUCA